GUGGUUCCCCUACGAGCAGGUGCCGUGCACCCCCCGGUGGCUGCCGUACGCGGUCUACUGCGAGGAGAAGGAGAUCUACAUGUUCGACACCAGCGGCGAGAGCACUACGCAGCCGUGGGAGGAGUACCCGGGCUUCUGCAAGGAGCGCGGCUUCACGCCCAUCCCCUACCAGCCGCGCCACACCGGGUGGAAGCUGCUGUGUGCGUGCAAGCACAGCCCGACCAGGCCGAUCGCCGACGGCACCUUCGUGCUGCACUGGAUGGACUACAACAUGCCCCAGGCCAUCGCGUCCGUGUUCGGCUCCGCGUUCGUGGGCGGCCUGUUCCUCACGUGGAUGAUGCACCCCUGA